UAAAUAUUUUGUACUUAAUGAAUGAACGUACGAAUAAACAAGCAAGACGAACGCCAGUUCAGUUUUACUUCGAUAACUAAAUAAGAAUAGCUGACCGUUAAAGGUAAUAAAGUCGAAACAAUUCGCUCCAUUAUUUCCAAUAGUGGCCUUCGUUCGGCGUGCGCGAGCGUUGGUUUUAUGGCCAACGAUAUUUUAUAUACUUAUAAAAGUUCGACGGACAGCUGUUUUUACUCUCUAUUGAAACCGAAACAAUAAAUGUGUUGACCGCGAUCAGCCAGAGCAGCCGUUAUCAAACCGAACCAGCGUUCGCUUUUCAAGGGCCCUCGCUUUUCCCGACGCCGCCGACGAUGAUAAACUUCUUUCGUGCCACUACAACAGGAUCAGGAUCAGCUGUUUGCAGUUCGUAACCAGCCACCACGUGGGUUUGUGCGUGUACCGAUGCCCCGCAGCUGAUGAUACGCCGUGAAGACUGAAGACAACAUUGGAUUGAAAGAUGUCCAAAGAGCCCGAUCUCAUCGCCAGCAGCGCCGAGGCCGGCGAGCCGCUUUUGCCCAAAAUCGACGCGACCGCGGUCAAAAACGAUGAAACCACCCUCAAGCCACCCUCUGACAAUGUCAAGAGAAACAAAAGCGUGGUGCUGUUGGAGCACAAAAAGAAUGGUAAAAAAAUGGACAAGUGGAAGCUGGUGCCGCCCGACGGGGGCUGGGGGUGGUUGGUGCUCUUCGGCGCCACGAUGGUGAACAUACUCGUGCCGGGGACCAUCAAGUCCUUCGGGGUGCUCUUCGUGGAGUUCAUAGAAGCGUUCGAAUCGUCGCCGGCCGAGGCGAUGUGGAUACCGGCGCUCUGCUAUUUCCUCUACAGUUCACUAGGUCCGCUUUCGAGCAUCCUUUCAGUAAAAUACUCGUACCGAACGGUAACCCUCAUAGGAGGCGCCUUCGCCGCCGGCGGUAUGAUCUUGAGCUUUUGGGCGAAUUCUGUAUAUUUCCUCUACGUAAGUUACGGAGUGUUAGUAGGAAUCGGAGCCGGACUGUCCUUCCCGCCGACUGUUUACAUAGUGUGUAGUUAUUUCGUAAGACUGCGUGGCGUUGCCAACGGCAUUUGCAUAUCCGGCUCGGCCUUCGGUUCCAUACUCAUCCCGCCGGUGCUCCGCAUACUUCUCGUCACCUACGGCUAUCGCGGGGCCGUUUUGCUGAUGGGCGGAUUGACGCUCAACGUGUUCGUAGCCGCCCUGUUCUACGACCGGGUGGAGUUGCACAUGAAACGCGAACGCAUCCCCGAUGAGGACGAAGAAGAGGAGACGGCGAGGGCUAAAUUUUCAAUCGGACAAGAGGAGAGCUUCCCUUCGAUGCAAAACAUCCCGCACAACGACUCCUUUUUGGAGCAAAUCGAAAAUUCGACCGGUAAUUUUAACCGAAGCGCUUCCAGCGUGGCGAUGCAAAACUUGAAGACCAUCUCGAGGGAACGCAAAAUCAGCAUGCCGCAGGGCAGGCAAGAAAUAUUAAAAGCCAAAGGCAGAGAGAGCAUAAACAGCACCCUAAAACACCAAGUUGUCCUCGAAAACGAGCAAUGCAACCAGGAGUACACCAACAGCCGCCCUCCGAGUACUAGACGCAGGUCGGUGGUGCCUCGCAGGAGUACCUCCACCAGUUCCUUUCAAUACGUCAGCACGCCGUACCACGGCAGUACUCUAACACUCCAACCCGAAAUUUUCGCCAGCAGCUUCAGCCUAAGGUCCAACAAAUCCAAAUCGGCUGUCCAAGCCGAAGCAGAGGUGCAGAAAAAACCGAAACUGUUGGAUUUGAACCUCCUGAAGCACCCCGUGUAUUUAAUAAUCCUCAUAUCGAACGCCACGAACGCGAUCAGCUACACGAACUUCUUCAUUCUGCUUCCGUCGUACGCCCAAUCGCUGGGCUUCGACAAAGACCAAGGGGCCAUGCUGGUGUCCAUCGUGUCCGCGCUGGAUUUGGUCGGAAGAAUCGGCGGUUCGGCGCUGUCGGAUCUGACGUCGUUCCCGAAGUGUUACUACUUCGUCGGGGGAUUGUUCAUAUCCGGCGUGUCGCUGGGCCUGAUGCCGUUGGUGCGCGACUACUGGGCCAUCGCGGCGUUCUGCUGCAUGUUCGGGCUGGCCUCGGGCACGUACGUGGGGAUCACCGCCAUAGUGAUGGCUGAUAUGCUCGGCGAGGAGCGCCUGCAGUCCACCUACGGCAUGGGGCUGUUCGUGAACGGCAUCUUGCAGCUGGUGGGGCCGCCGCUGUGCGGGCUCUGGUACGCCCAGGUGCAGUCCUACGUGUCGCUGUUCAUCUGCUUGGGGAUAGCUCUCUCGUGCGGGGCGAGCCUGUGGCUGUUCGUUCCUUGCAUCAGGAGAAAGAAGGAGUUGGAGAAGGAAAAUUUGGAGAACGGGACUGUAUCGACGCCCUGAUCUGUUUAUUAGUAAUUUCGAAUAUUUAUAAAUGGAUAUUUUCUGACAAAUAGUUAUCGCUUUAUGUACUUGUUUAAAUUCGUGUACUUUACAUAAGUUGAAAUUGAUAAUAUCAGAAUUUUAAAUUAGAUUAGUUUAAAAUUAGGUUAAAAGAACGCAAUUUUCGGGAAAACGUUUUUUAUGAAAAUAACAUAUAUAUUUAAUAUAGUUCAUAAAAAAUGUAAGUGUGCAUUUAUGUUUCUCGAAUAAAAAUACUCGAAUAAUUCCCAUCCUAUAUGAACUUGGUAAACAAUGUGAUAAUUCAUCGCUUUGAUAAUUCCUGAUAAUGCUGUCAAUGUAUUAAUCACCAUGAGGAUCCACAUACAAAUAUAAAUAGCGUAUGAGAAACAUUUUCGUUGUACAUUUAUUAUUUUAUGAAGUACGACCAAAUGUUGUUUGACGAUUGUUUGAACAUGGAACAUGUUUAGAUUACUUGACCUAAGUAUUUUUAUUGUACUUCGAAGCCUUUCACUUACAAACAAAUGUGAUAUUAAAUAUAUUUUAGAUAG